GCUGGCUAGCAAGAAGCAUGCAAGAGCAAGGAAGAACAUGAAAUCUGUGAUGGCACAGCGGAAGCAGGCAAGAAGAAACCAGGCAGGUCAUGAGCAAGUCUGCGAGGCGAAUCUCCCCCCGAGGAUUAAGAAACCCUCUCCAACCAAGUGGAGUAAAUGGGAGUUGCUGGCUAUCAUUGGCUCCAUCUUUCUUCUUCUUUACAUCAUGCUGUGUUAUGAGAACUUUCAUUUCCAUGUGGCCCAUAUGUAUGCUCACCUUGGGUACCCAAAUGCACAGCACAUUGUAGGACAGAGAUACCUGAAAGGAGCUGGUGUUGAAAAGAACGAAGAGAAAGCCAUGCAGUGGUUCAGACAAGCGGCAGAGAAAGGCCACCCACACUCCUCUUUUAACUUGGCUGUGGGAAAGCUGAAGAAUAUGACUGCUAUGCUUGAAGAAGGGGAUGUGGAAAAACUCCUGGAUGUGGCUGCUGGUCAUGGGCUCCAAGAAGCCCAGAAUCUUCUGGAGAACAUCAGGAAUCGACAUCUACCUUGAGAGACCAGGGCUAUAGAGGGUGCAUAGCCUCCAAGCAUAUUUGCUUGCUUUUGUCCUUCUGUAUUUCUGUUACUUGGUUUUGGAAACACGAUUUCUGCCUUAUACUUGGCAGAGUUAAUUGGCAUGAUUUACCAUAUGGUGCAGGAAGUAACGCAAUUAUAUCCAGCCGUAUCUCCAUUCAUGACAAUAUGAUGCACCAAACAUCGGUAUUAAAGACAGACCUCCACAUUGGCUUAGGAUUUAAGACCGCUGUUUGAGCAAUAGAACUUAUUUAUGCAUUGCAAUAGUUGGCUGUGACAGGAGUAAACAUGGUGUAUCUUUACCAUGCAAUCUAUAAUGGAAAUUACCUCCAUUUAGCAUUCACUAUGGCUUAACAGCUGCACUUUCACAAUACAUGAAACUAAUUACAUUGAACAGAGGCUGCCUCCAUGGUAUCCUCAUUUUCAAGCUACCAAGGGAAUAAUUAUAUUGAACAGAAGGCACAGUUCCUAGCCCUAGAUCUAUGAAAU